UUAUUUCCAUUCUGGACCCAACCAGAAAACCAGUCUGGUUUCUGGUUUCUACUCUCUUUUCUCUUAACCUGCGCACCCCCACCCACCUUAAAAUGCACGCCCUCCCCUUCCCUACUCCUUCCCCACCAAAACCCAUGUCUCCUUUUCUCUGCCUGGUGCUUUUAUAGGACUGGGCAGUGGCAAUCUUGUAAAAUAUGGACUUUGGGGUACUGGGCUUGGAUGGUAAUGAAGGUGGCCUUUCUCACCUGGUUUCAGAGGCUGAAGCUAGGCAGAGAGGCUUUGGGUCUGGGUUUCUCAAGCAAGGGAGGUCUGGGGUUGUGGAGGAUGAAUGGAUGGGAUUGAAAAUGGCAAGGAAUGAUGAUGGUGGGGUGUCUAAGCCAAUGCUGGUUCAAUCAAAGGGCCCUCUUUUGAGAUCUAAUUCUCUGUUUUCAGAUGGAGGGCAGCAGCAGCUGCUGCUUAGCUUCUCAUCACCUAAAUCAGAUGGUGGUUUGGUCAGCAGUGAGGGAGUAGUGGAGAGGAGUUAUCAAAAUGGGAGCUUGGGUUGUUACAACACUUCAUCUAUUUAUGCUAGGAAUGCAGGUCUGGCUUCUGGAGGCAUGCAUGGGGUUUUGGCAGGGGUUAGAGGCCCAUUCACUCCAUCUCAGUGGAUGGAGUUAGAGCAUCAGGCCUUGAUCUACAAAUACCUCAAUGCAAAUGUUCCUAUACCAUCUAAUCUACUCAUCCCCAUCAGGAAAAGCCUCAAUCCAUCUGGGUUUUCUGGAUUUUCAGCUGGAUCUUUCAGACCCAAUACAUGGGGCUGGGGAUCUUUCCACCUGGGUUUUACCGGCAACACGGAUCCAGAGCCAGGUAGAUGUCGUCGGACUGAUGGGAAGAAAUGGCGGUGCUCGAGAGAUGCAGUUGCCGAUCAGAAGUACUGUGAGCGGCACAUGAACCGCGGCCGCCAUCGUUCAAGAAAGCCUGUGGAAGGCCAGAUUGGCCAUGCCUCCUCUGGCAUGGCUGCUGCCACAAAGGCAAUGGCAAUUGCCUCCUCGGCAGCUUCAGCUGCUUCAAUCAGCUGCCCAGCCAACAGCGACGCCCUUGCUCACCAGCAGACGAAGAGCUUGCAGACUGGUGCUGAUCCAUCCGUGACGCCGAUGAGCAGGAUCUUAAUGAACAAAUCGAAUGUUGAUGACAGAAUACAAGAUUCGCAGACUCUAUCCAUGCUAUCUUCCAUUCCACUGAAAUCAAAAGAGGUACAAUUCACCAUUCCAAAAGAGCAUCUUGCAUUCGAAGAAGAAUACUCUAAAAUGGAAUCCGGUCUCGUUUCCUCCAAUUCCCUUCUGAACAUGCAGAGAAGCUCCUACGUGGAGAGCGGAAACUUCCACACUUCCCAUGAUCUCAAUGACCGCGAACCACAAUCCCAUCCUUUCCGUCAUUUCAUAGACGACUGGCCAAAGAGCCGGUCCGACCACUCAGCCAUCACGUGGCCUGAAGUAGAUGAGGUCCGAUCAGAUAGGACUCAGCUCUCAAUUUCAAUACCAGUUACUUCCUCAGACUUCUCGUCGUCCACUUCCUCACCCACACAAGAAAAACUCACCCUCUCUCCGUUGAAGCUGUCACGAGAGUUUGACCCAGUUCAGAUGGGCCUAGGAGUAGGUGGGACCCUCAAUGAUGCAGCACAGAGGCAGGCAAGUUGGAUACCCAUAUCUUGGGAGACCUCAAUGGGGGGACCUCUAGGAGAGGCUUUGAACAAUGCCAAUAACACCCCAACUGACCAAAAGUACUCGGCAUCGGCCCUUAACCUAAUGACCGAAGGGUGGGAUGCAAGCCCACGGUUGCGAUCCUCUCCGACCGAUGUCCUACAAAAGACCACCUUCACAUCAAUCUCUAACAGCAGCAGUGGGAGCAGCCCAAGGGCUGAGAACAACAAAGCCUGUGACCACACUAGCCUCUGCGACAAUCUAUACGGCUCGGCUUUUGUAAAUUCCACCAUCCCUUUAUUGUAAGCUUUUUUUGAGUGACGAGAAACUACAACAAGACCUAAAGAAAAUCCAAAAAAACUACUUGGGUGAUGGAAGAAAGAUUGAGAACUAUCAAUCCACAUGAAGAACAGUUAAUUUAGGAACUUAAUUCUAUUUAAUUCUCUUUGUUUUCUUGUGUUUUUCCUUGUAUGGUAUUGGGAAGCGACGGCCGGCAAUCUUGGGCCGAUCAGGACCGAUGUCGGCCAUUUUGGGUUGCCGAUCAACGGUUAUUUAUGCUUAGGAAUUUCGUUCUAUGUAUUUCUGUUGUUAUUUUUCCAUGACUUUGCUCAUCUACUUUAAUUGAGGAUAUGUACAGAAUGUUUGGCUUCUA